ACGAAAACAUCGCGUGAACGAGCUUCUGUACGUUCUUGUCAUUCUAAUCUCUAUGACUAGUAGUGUUUAAGUGGGAAGCCAAAGAGGGAAUCGCUGGCACAGAAGAUUCGGAUCUUCUCGUUCACUUUAAGAUUCGUUCAGAAGCAUCAGCAGUGGGUGUGAGCAGCAGCGGGGCGAUGAUGAUGAUGAUGAUGAUGAUGGCGGCAGUGGAAGAGCCGACACACACACGGGAAUGAGAAGUUGUCGGGGAUGGCGGACCGACCCGUGACAGUGUUCGUCAAGCUGUUCGCUGCUGGGUUUUAUGGACUCACCUCGUUUUUCAUCGUCGUGGUUAACAAAAGUGUCCUCACUAAUUACAGGUUCCCGUCUUCAGUAUGUGUGGGAAUUGGACAAAUGUUGGCCACGGUGGUUGUGCUGUGGGUGGGCAAGGCUGCCAGGGUGAUCAGCUUCCCAGACUUCGAGGAGAGCAUUCCUCGCAAGAUCUUUCCUCUACCUCUGCUUUAUGUGGGAAAUCAAAUCAGUGGCCUGUUUGGAACCAAAAGGCUGAACCUGCCCAUGUUUACAGUCCUCAGGAGGUUCUCCAUCUUAUUUACUAUGCUGGCUGAGGGAUUUCUGCUCAAGAAGAAAUUCUCCAGGCCAGUCCAGCUGACAGUAUUUACAAUGAUCCUGGGGGCCUUUAUCGCUGCAAGUGCUGACUUGUCCUUUGACCUUGAAGGUUAUGUAUUCAUCCUUCUGAAUAAUGUGCUGACUGCAGUCAACGGAGCCUACGUGAAACAGAAAUUAGAUGCAAAGGAGUUGGGAAAAUAUGGAUUAUUGUAUUAUAAUGCAUUAUUUAUGUUACUUCCAACUUUGCUAUUCGCUCAUGUGACUGGAGACAUACAAAGGGCAGUGGAAUAUGAAGGCUGGUCAGAUCCAGUUUUCCUCAUCCAAUUUGUCCUGUCCUGUAUCCUGGGGUUUGUUCUUAUGUAUUCUACGGUACUCUGCACACAUUACAACUCUGCAUUAACAACUACCAUUGUGGGCUGCAUCAAGAAUGUCCUAGUGACAUACAUUGGGAUGGUGUUCAGUGGAGACUACAUUUUUUCUUGGACAAACUUCAUUGGCUUGAAUAUCAGUAUUGCAGGUAGCCUGGUGUACUCUUACAUCACUCUGACUGAGGAACAGUCGAGCAAAACCAGUGAAAACACAAAACUGGACAUUAAGGGCCGUGAUGAAGGCUGUGCCAGGAAGAUGUGUGAGGAAGAUGACUGUGGCAGAAGCAGUGACAGAGGUUGACUGUGACAAAGAUGAGCUCAACGUGGCAGUCCAAAAAGAAAUGGAGACACGUGGACAUCCACAACGAAUUUUAAACAAUUGCCAUGUUUACAUUAGAUAGAAUUUUAUUAAUCCCCUGGGAAGACUCCCUCAGGGAAAUUGAGUUUCCAGUAGCAUUGUCUAGCAGGACACAGGGUAAGAAGCACACAGUAUCAAAAGUAGAAGUAAGAAACAAUUUGCAUAAAGUAAAAACAAAAUAUAAAUACCAGAACAACUGGCUUACUGGCUACAACUGCUCCUCUCCU